AUGGGUCUCGCAGUCACUGUCUUCUCCGCUAUCUUUCUAGCGACUGGAGGUUUCCUCUUCGGUUACGACUCUGGUAUCAUUACCUCGACCAUCGCUCUCGACACCUUCAAAGAGUACUUCAGCGAUCCUUCGGACGAUGUCGUUGGUGGCAUUGUGUCUGCCUUUCAGGGUGGCGCGAUUGCAGGAACCAUUUUCAACAUGCUGUUCGCGGACAUGCUAGGCCGUCGCUGGACUAUCUUCGUCGGGGCUGUCAUUUCUAUAUUGGGCAGUUCCCUUCAAGCAGGCGCUGUCAAUAUGGCCAUGCUUAUCGUCGGUCGCUUUAUCGGUGGAGUCGCAGUCGGUCAGCUCACUUCGACCAUUCCUAUGUAUGCCGGGCGCUUUCCGCUUGCGUUCCAGAACGUCCCCGGCCUCGUUUUGCUGGCUGGCAUCUUCUUCCUUCAAGAAUCACCUCGAUGGCUCAUGGAGAAAGAUCGCCAUGAAGAUGCUAUGGCCUCGCUGAACAAGCUCCGCAAGGGCCACGACGCGGAGACUAUCGACCUCGAAUUCCGAGAGAUUCGGGACGUCAUCAUCGCGGAUCGGGCCCUGGGCAACAUUAGCUGGACCUCGAUCAUCACCAAGACCUCAUGGCGUAAGCGUCUCUUGCUAGGUUGCGGUGUGCAAGCUUUUGGACCUCUAUCCGGAAUCAACGUUAUCAACUACUACGGCCCACGUAUCUACGAAAUCCUUGGAAUAUCGACCCAAGAAUCGCUCAUGAUCAUUGGUAUCAGCGGUGCGCUUUCGAUCGUCUGGUGUACCAUCGGACUUGCGCUAGUCGACAAGGUUGGACGUGUAAAGCCCCUUCUCAUAUCAGCUGCUGGCCUAGCGACUGCCCUGCUCAUCAACGCAGUACAGGGACAGUACUUCGAUCCCAACAAUGGCCCGCAACUGCGCAGUAUGGUCGCCAUGAACUUUCUCUUCUCAUUCUUCUACACACCUCUGGGUAUCAUAUCCUGGGUUUACCCCGCAGAGAUCUUCCCUAUUGAAUGUCGCGCCCUUGGUAAUGCCAUCACGACAUUCACAAACUGGGUCGUGAACCUGAUCUUCGCUCAGUUCUCUCCGCAAGCAUUGAGCUCCAUAGAGUUCAAAUAUUUCUACGUCUUCUUCUGCUUCAACAUUAUCGCCUUCUUUUGUUAUUGGUUCUUCUACCCAGAGACUAAAGGCAAGACUCUGGAACAAAUGGACGAACUCUUCGGUGAUCAGCUGGUGCCGCAUGCACUGCAAGAUCCAGCGGCGGCAUCGGCGGCUAUGGAGAAGGAGGAGAACCUACACGAGGAAGUAGCUUGA